AUGUACUACUACUCCCACUUUUCCCUCACGGCGCUCCUCCUGCACGCAGCCGGAGCACACGGCGCAACCCUUCCGCUCUUCCACCCCUGGAACGCCAGCGAGUGGAUAGCCUCGGACGACACGGUCCGCGGCGGGCUGAGCCGGUCCAGCCUGGAGGUGAUCCCGCCCGGCGCACCCGGGAACCCCUCCGGCGGCGAGCCCAUCGCCAGCUUCGUCGGCACUCUCGACUACGAGGCCCUCAACGGCAGCGGGUUCGCGUCGCAGAGGACCGUCGACGGGUGGCCCGGUGUGGACCUCACCGCGUACGACCGGCUCGUCCUCGAGGUGCCGUAUACAGAUGGCAAGACGUACACGCUCAACGUCAAGGACACGGUGCUCCCGGCCGUCGACGGGGUGGAGCAGGCGACCGUCAGCUGGGAGCACGACUUCCGGCUGCCUGCCCGGAAUGCCACUGCUGCGGAUGACUAUGGUCAGGUGGUUGUCAGAUUUGAGGACUUGGUUCCGACGUAUCGUGGCAGGGUGCAGAAUGACACGGCACCUCUCAACUUGACGGACAUCAAGAGGUUCAACAUAAUGAUCCGCAGUUUCUUUGGCCAAGAGUCGCAAGCAGGAGACUUUGAGCUGGGAAUUAAGUCGAUAUUGGCUGCGGAUUCUGAGGUCAUCUAA